UGACGAUCUGUUGGAGUGUGAGCAGGGUAAUAUUUAGUGAAGGGAUUCAGGGAAACCGGUUAUUUUCAUAUAGUCGGACUUGAGUCUGGAAAUGGGAAGUACAAUGCCUGCACUUUACAGGAGGGGUUUGGGAUAUUGGCAGUUUGGAGGGAUAUGUUGUGUAUCUUUAUAUGUGUAUGCUUCUAAACUGUUGUAUUCUGAGCACCUCUGCAAAAACAGUGAUAAUGUGCGAGUGUGGUGAAAGUGUUGAAUGAUGAUGAAAGUAUUUUCUUUUUGGGGAUUUUCUUUCUUUUUUGGGCCACCCUGCCUCGGUGGGAGACGGCCGACUUGUUGAAAAAAAAAAAAAAAAAAAAAAAAAAAAAGAGAUGGAUUAUUUUUUCAUGAAAAAUUCAGGAAAUUUACUUGUGAAACUAAAUUUUCAGGUGUGUUUCAAUGUGUUGGAAGAAAGUGAGGCCCCACAGCGACAUGUUUGUGUAGCGUGUUCAACAGCUGCCUUACCUUCGACUGAUCCUACACUCAGAGAUCAUCCUGAGAUGGAGAUGUGCUGUCUUUACCGUCGUACUCUGAUGUUUCUUCAAGGCAGCAGUGAUCGUGUUACUGCAUCUCUACUUGGUCAGCGUCUUGGUGUGAACAUUAGUAUUGCAAAGAAGCUCCUAACCCGACUCCAAAAAGACAAGCUUUUAACCUGUAGAGGAAGAGUGUAAGUUUUCCAGAGUUAUUUUAAGUAUUAUAUACAAUUUUGUCACUAAUUAUGCAUUUUGUUACUAAUUAUGGAUUUAUCAAAAUGUCACUAAUUAUACAUUGCAUAAUUAGUGUUUUUCUUCUGUGCCUUCAUCUGUAUAAAAUUUUGUAUUA